CGGGGUGAGGUUGCCCGCGGAGAGCUCUUUGGAUGGCCCGGUUCUCGCCCACCGAGGACUGGCCGUCUCUUAUUUCCCAUAAGCCUGUGGGUCCGUUUCCGGUGUCCUGAAGGUUCUCGGGCUCCGCGCGGUGAGUUGCUCGUGUCGGAGGAAGUAGUCAGCGCCGGGUCAGAACCCGCAGCCAGUGUGGGGGUGACUUCGGGAAGCGCCCGAGGUGAGGAGGCCCGGCUAGCGGACUGGGUGUGUCGCGUUCGGAGCCUCCAGCCUGUGUGUGCGCUAGCGGCUGAGCAGGAUGGUGCGUGCCUCCGUGAUGGUGUAUGCGAUUGGGAAUGUGUGCCCGGGUGAUGGGGUGCGUGGCCUUGUGGUUUUGCUUUGGCUGUGUGCUCUGGGUUCCCUCUAGACUUUCUUUGGGCCUGCCAAAGUCAAAUGCCCGCAAGAGAAGGGGUCCUACCCUAAGCCCUAGAGGGAACGUUUCACGCCAAGAAGGCAGAGGGCUAGUCUUGGGAUGAGAAUCGUACAUCCGGAAGUGUCCUGGUGACAUGCUUCUUGGAAGACGUGAUGGGGGAGGCCCCAGAGGUGAGGUUCGUAGAAGGGGCGCGCGUCUCGGAGCUCCUUGGGAGCCAGCGACAUGGUUCAGAGCAGCCAGACCUUCGUGCCCAGCAGCUGCUGUCAACUCAGAGACAGAUUGCAACCUUCCUUCCUUUCAAUUCCGUUGGGUUUUGUGUGGCUGAAGGUGAAUACGGCUGUAGGCGGUGUUUCGGUUUUCCUUUUCUGUUUUUUGUUUUAGUUAGGUCUGUGCUCCAAGAAAUGCUGGUGUCUCAUGAGUCUUUCGGUGUCCCCCUCCCGCACCCCCACCCCCACCCCCACCACUCCCACUGCUGCCGGGUUUCUAAGAAGGAUCCUGAGGAGGAGGGAAGAAUUGUUGCAUAUUUUGAAGUCAAGGAUCAGGCUCUGACUUUUCUGGAUUCUGUGCUUCACCAAUAGAGGAACCCCAUGGAUUAUUAAUUAGUUCUUGCAAUUCUAGAACCAUGACUGAUGGCUUGGUGACUUUCAGGGAUGUGGCCAUCGACUUCUCUCAGGAGGAGUGGGAGUGCCUGGACCCUGCUCAGAGGGACUUGUACGUGGAUGUGAUGUUGGAGAACUAUAGUAACUUGGUCUCAUUGGAUUUGGAGUCAACAUAUGCAACCAAAAAUAAAAUUUCAGAAAAAGACAUUUUUGAAAUACAUUUUUCCCAAUGGGAGAGGACGGAAAGAAGUAAAACUCUUGGCCUUGAGGCAUUCAUUUUCAAAAAUAAUUCUAAGUGCAAAAGCAAAUUGGAGGGACUACAGGGACAUCAAGAGGCAUACUUUAGUCAAAUGAUAAUUAGCUAUGAAAAAAUGCCCACUUACAGAAAAAGCAAAUCUUCUAGUGCACAUCAAAGAAUUCAUAAUAGAGAGAAACGCUAUAUUUGUAAGGAAUGUGGUAAGGCUUGUAGUCAUGGGUCAAAACUUGUUCAACAUGAGAGAACUCAUACGACUGAAAAACACUUUGAAUGUAGUGAAUGUGGGAAGGACUUUUUUAGUGCCUAUCAACUUACUGUGCAUCAGAGAUUCCAUACUGGUGAGAAACCCUACGAAUGUAAGGAAUGUGGGAAGACCUUUAGUUGGGGAUCUAGUCUUGUUAAACAUGAACGAAUCCAUACUGGUGAGAAACCCUAUGAAUGUAAAGAAUGUGGGAAGGCUUUCAGUCGUGGCUACCACCUCACUCAACAUCAGAAAAUUCAUAUUGGUGUGAAAUCUUACAAAUGUAAGGAAUGUGGGAAGGCCUUUUUUUGGGGCUCAAGCCUUGCUAAACAUGAGAUAAUUCAUACAGGUGAGAAACCUUAUAAAUGUAAAGAAUGUGGGAAGGCCUUCAGUCGUGGUUAUCAACUUACUCAGCAUCAGAAAAUUCAUACUGGCAAGAAGCCUUAUGAAUGUAAAGUAUGUGGAAAGGCUUUUUGUUGGGGCUAUCAACUUACUCGACAUCAGGUAUUUCAUACUGGCAAGAAACCCUAUGAAUGUAAGGAAUGUGGGAAGACCUUUAAUUGUGGCUCAAGUCUUAUUCAGCAUGAGAGAAUCCAUACUGGCGAGAAACCUUACGGAUGUAAAGAAUGUGGGAAGGCCUUCAGUCGUGGCUAUCACCUCACUCAACAUCAGAAAAUCCAUACUGGUGAAAAACCUUUUGAAUGUAAGGAAUGUGGGAAGGCUUUUAGUUGGGGUUCAAGCCUUGUUAAACAUGAGAGAAUCCAUACUGGUGAGAAGUCCUAUGAAUGUAAAGAAUGUGGGAAGGCCUUUGGUAGUAGCUAUCAACUUACUCGACAUCAGAUAUUUCAUACUGGUGAGAAGCCCUAUGAAUGUAAGGAAUGUGGGAAGACCUUUAAUUGUGGCUCAAGUCUUGUUCAACAUGAGAGAAUCCAUACUGGCGAGAAACCUUAUGAAUGUAAAGAAUGUGGGAAGGCUUUCAGUCGUGGCUAUCACCUUACGCAACAUCAGAAAAUCCAUACUGGUGAGAAACCUUUUAAGUGUAAGGAAUGUGGGAAGGCCUUUAGUUGGGCUUCAAGCCUUGUUAAACAUGAGAGAAUCCAUACUGGUGAGAAGUCCUAUGGAUGUAAGCAAUGUGGGAAGGCCUUUGGUAGUGGCUAUCAACUUACUGUUCAUCAGAGAUUUCAUGCUGGUGAGAACCCUUAUCAAUGUAAGGAAUUUGGGAAGACCUUUGUUAAUGGCUCAAACUUUGUUCAACAUGAGAGAACUCAUAGUAAUGAUAAACCUUAUGAAUAUAAAGAAUGUGGGGAAGCCUUUAUAUGGACAACUUAAAUGAGACAAUUGAUACUGAUGAAACUUUAUGAUUGAAGAGAUGUGAACACAUUUUUUAUGUGUACGAACAAUACAAGGAGAAUCUUACUCUUGAGAAAACUUAUAAAUGUAGCGAAUGUGUAAAACCCUUA